AUGAAGAUAGCCAGACCAUUAUCAAAUUUAUUCAAAAAGUCGCCAAAGAAGGAAAUGGAUAAAUCGCCACUCAACGAGUUGGCUGAAACAAGAUUCCAAGUCACUCAACUACUUGGCGAGGAUGAAUUUACAAAGGGAAAAUGGUCUCAGCCAAGAAUACUUGGAGUUUGCGAAGAGGGAAUCAAAGUAAUUUCAAUGAAUGAAGCAGAUCUACUCCAAGAAAUCGCCUGGUCUACAAUCCACCAAUUCAACUUGAAAGAAUCAUGGACCGAAUGGGAAAUAGUACUAAAAGAUAGAAGAAGAUUAUAUUUCAAGUGUGACAAUGCUUUCGAACUUCAUAUGGCUACUGAUCACAUUUUAGAUGGUUUAAUUAGAAAUAAUAGAUCACAGGGUUAUAAUUCAGAGUUCUAG